UAAAAUAAUUACAAAUACACAAGAGAGAUCAGAGAAGAGGUCCAAGAAUAUGUAAGAAACCCUCUAUAUAUAUUGGACACUUUGAAGAAACAAAUCCCAACCCACCAAAACAUCUCAAAAUCUGCUCACUUAACCAUGAAAAUGCAUUCAAAAAUAUCAUACACCUUGUUCCUCACUCUCCGAUGCCUCUUUCUCCUCUCCCCACCAGCCUUUUGCGAUCAAAAUUCACUUCUCUUCCACACAUGCUCCACCUCCCAAAACUUCACUCAUGAUUCCCCCUACGCUUUAAACUUGAAACAAGCCUUCUACAAUUUGGCCUCCACUACCCCUCCCUCCGGCUUCGCCCUCGCCUCGAUCGGCCACGACCUGCAAUCCCAAGUCGACGCCCUCGCCCUCUGCCGCGGCGACGUAUCGCCUGCAGAUUGUGCAGGAUGCAUCGCCACGGCCGGUCACGAGAUCCAGCAGCUGUGCCCUUAUGGCAAAGGGGGCGCCAUAUGGUAUGAUUUUUGCCUGCUCAGAUACUCCAACGCCAAAUUCUUUGGGAAGAUUGACAAUGGGGCGAGGCUGUACAUGUGGAACGUGGAGGAGGCGGAGAAUGCGGCGUCGUUUAAUGAGGAAGUGAGGAAGUUGCUGAUGGGUCUGUCUGAGAAAGUUGAGGCGACGCCAAAUUUGUAUGCGGUUGGGGAAGUGGAAAUGGAGGGCUCGAAAAAGGUUUAUGGGUUGGUUCAGUGCACGAGAGAUUUGUCGAGUGGUGCGUGCAAGAAGUGUGUGGAUGAUGCCAUUGCUGAGCUUCCCAAAUGUUGUGAUGCCAAAAUUGGUGGAAGAGUCAUUGGUGGGAGUUGUAACUUCAGAUAUGAAGUUUACCCCUUUGUUAAGGACCAGAAAUGAUAAUAAAACUUGUUUUUAUAGUA